AUGUCGAGGAGAAUGGGCGAGCAAGUCGGCCUGCGCGUGGUCGUGUUCAACUACCAGCCGCAAGCCGUCGAGGCGGUGGUCGUUCUGUCUGCCUCGCCUGACUACAAGUUCGUGCAUGUCGAGGAGAAUGGCAUCGUGAGUAUACAAGUUAAACAGGCCGAACAUUCUUCAAUCAAGUGGAAGGGCCGGACCGUUGCCGGCAGGGCGAGCAAGUCGGCCUGCGCGUGGUCGUGUUCAACUACCAGCCGCAAGCCGUCGAGGCGGUGGUCGUUCUGUCUGCCUCGCCUGACUACAAGCCGAACAUUCUUCAAUCAAGUGGAAGGGCCGGACCGUUGCCGGCAGGGCGAGCAAGUCGGCCUGCGCGUGGUCGUGUUCAACUACCAGCCGCAAGCCGUCGAGGCGGUGGUCGUUCUGUCCGCCUCGCCUGACUACAAGUUCGUGCAUGUCGAGGAGAAUGGCAUCGUCCGCUCAUACAAUCCGCGCACGUCAUUCGGCGAGCACCAGUUCUUCGUGUACAUCGCGGCCGGCGACGCGGCCACCGUGCACGUGCCCGUCGUGCCCACCCGCCUCGGCGACGUGCACGUGCACUUGCACGCCUCCACCCUGCAGGGGCAGCAUAAAUACACUAAGAAGAUCACUGUCGAGGCGGACGGCCUCCCCCAACACCGGCACCAAUCAGUCCUCCUCGACCUCUCCAACCGCGCCUACGUCUUCCAAUACAUGCACGUGAACGUCACCGAAACGCCCAUCAUCCCCUACGAGGUCGAUCGCUACUACGUGUUCGGCUCCAACCGGGCCAGGGUCUCUGUUGUUGGAGACGUGGUUGGUCCCCUGUUCCCCACGAUGCCGAUUAAUGCUACGUCUCUACUGAGGUUACCCAUGGAUUCAGCCGAACAGAACAUGUUCAGCUUUGCUGCCAACAUGUACUUCACACUGUACAUGCGUCUCAUCAACCAACGCAACCGGACCUUGGAGAAGGACGCGUUCUACCACAUGAACAUUCUAUACCAACGCCAGCUGUCCUUUAUGAAGCCAGACGGGAGUUUCAGCCUGUUCCGAAGUGACUGGUGAGUACUUCACACUGUA